GGGACGUUGGCCUGCCGGAGGUGGGGUGCUGCUGAUCCGGCUCUGACUUACCUGCGCGUUUUCGGCACUUAGCGAGAAAGGGUCGCGGAACAGCGCUACGCCUCCGGGACAGAGGAUUUGCUUCUGCAUUUUGUCGUCGAAAGCUUUUGUAGUCCUUAUAAGAUACGUAGCUGUAUGCUCAGCUUCCAGUAGCGCGGAAGAGCAGUACUCACAGUUGUAUCAGGGCCCUAUUCGGUAUCUGCAGAAUUGUGCUUUCUUUUGUGUUGUAAAUAACUGCAGAACCAGUCAGAUUCCCUGUGGUGUAAGUUCAGAGCGUGAGGUGUGAGGUAUGGUCUGGUGUAGGAUGCGAAUGGUAACCCACUGUACCGUGGACUCAGAGGGCUCCUACUGCCUGCUCUUACUGAUAGGAAACACUUUGUUUCGGUAGCAAACCUAUUGAGUGCCAGUUUGCUCUGUCAAAACACUUACCUGCUGAAAUGCUUUCUUUGUGUACUAAAGCAGCUUACUGUGCCAGUUAUUACUAACUUGAGGUUACAGUUCAAUAAUCUUAAACCACAAAUAAAAAAUAGAGAAUCUGAUUCUAUAUAAUAAAAUCAAGAAUCCAUAUAACCUUGUAAUAUAAUCCUAAGUCUGCUUCAGUUGGAUUGAUUCAAGAAGAAGUGGGUGAUUUUCCCCUAUCAUUUCCUGCUCUUUUUCCAGCCUUGCCUGUGGGCUGGAUGGUGAUGUGCUCUGUGCAGCACAGGGCAGGUUGCUGAUGCACAGCUGUACUACCAUGUGCCCCAUUGGCAGCACCAUGCUUCCACCAGCUCAACAGAUCAUAUUGUUGCUUCUGUUAAUGGGAGGAUUUUUCUGCUUGGAGCAGAAUUGGAUGCUUUUUUUUAAAUAAGGACAGUAUCUUAGCAAUUAUUAAUGCUAAUGAAGAAGCUAUGUGAUGGUGUUUGAUUGGUUUGCUCUUCUGUAGAGUCCAGGGCUGUUAACUGCAGCAGCUUGUUGGUAAUGCCGGCAAGUUGCUUAGCUGGAAGUGCUGGAAGCCCAGCUGGGAGCCUGCUGGAGCUGGGCAGUGAGGCUACUCCCACUGUGCCAGAAGAGGUGACAGAGGGGAGCUGAGAAGCAGAGAGCAUGUUCUCUGACAGAUAUGGGCUGCAGGGUGGCUGUUCAGCUGGCUAGCAGUGUUAGUAGUAUACUCCUCAUUCCUGUAUAUUUUCCUUUGUGCUGAAAACCUUUCUUAAACACCACCAUCAAAGGGGAAGAAAAAAAAAAAAGAGACCCAAAUCUCUUCAGAACUUAAACUACUGUGUAUCUUUGUUCUAAACUAUGUCCCCAAGUGGAAAUGUUUUGCUGUGAUUGAGAGAAUUUAUUUGGUUUCCUUGUUACUAAGGCAUUCCCAAAUACAGAGAAGCUGUAAAUGAUUAAAUGUCACCUCUUCAAAUUUGAGCAAACCAUUGCAUAUCUUUUUGGCUCUUGUAAGUAAAACAUUUGAAUGUGUGCUUGGCUUUGCUGAACUGGUGUCUGAGAUCUCCUGCUGCUGCCUUUAGGUACUUAACUCAUUCCUGUCAGGAGUGCUCAGGACUAAAGGAACAGAAUCAAACUGUCUGUGCUGGGCGAUGCUGGGCCUUGCACUUGUCAAGAGUUUUGUGGUGACUCCUCAGCACAGUCCAUGGCUCUCCUGGCUUCAGGAGCCUUGUCAGCAGGAAGCCGCCUGGUGCUGCUUGUCUUCAGGUCUGGGGCAGUGUUACAGACAUUCGGUCUGGCUGGGUAACAGAAUUCUAACAACAGAAGAGCAAGAUGUGUCUUUGAGAGGCUGGUGAGGCUGAAUAGCUGUAGUUAUAUUAGAGUUGAAAUAUUCACAUAUUCACGUUAUGGGAAGUAGGAUUGAUUUAUUUAAGGUUUUACUAAUUUCUGAAGGCAGUACUUACUGUUGAAAAUAAGUUUUAGCUUGAAAUUGCAUCCCAGCUUAAAACCUCUGUAACUUGCUAAUUCUAUUCUUCUGCAAUGCUGACUUAUCUUGCUUGCUCUUUAAGCCUUUUAGUUCCUGAAGAAAACUUGUGUUUCCAGGUAGGGGUAGCUGUAGUUGUUGGAAGUUUGCACUGUGGCUGGCCUGGCCACAUUGCUCUGGGUAAAUGCUGGUUAGGGAUGAAGAGAGUUCAUAGACUCUGUAAAUGAGUUGUGGAGCAGAAUCAUGAUCUCGCUGGAAUGAGGGGAAUCUUCCUAUGAAUAUGGCAUGAAAUUGGGUUUCUCCCUCUGACAGUAAUGGCUGUUGCUGCUACCUUUCAUGCACUUCAGUGCUUAAGUUACUUUCUCUUCAAAAUUCACCAACUGAAACAUCUCUGUGUAAAGAAAAAGACAGCAACUUCUAUUAUGAAAUUUGAAUGUAAGUGUAUUAUUAUGACUUAUUCUUCCAGCUUAACAAGGAGGUAAUCAUUCUAACCAAAACUGCAUGAGAUUUGGUUCUCAUGUAAUUGGGAUACAGUUCUUUUUCUGCCCGUGGCUAAAGAAAUGUGUUUACACAGUUUGAAGAAACCUCCUUCAGAUCACUCCGUUAACAUUACAAGCCAAAGUAUUUGCAUGUCUCUGUGCUACGCUGAAGACUUUAAUCAAACUAUCUGCAAUUAUUUUGAGCCUUCAAAUAGUACAUAACUUAUCUCUUUAUUGCUGCAUUACUUGAUAGUUAGAUGUGUCGGACUUCUGCUUUGUACGUGGUUUUCUAUGACAUCUUCUUCACCAUCCCUUUAGAAUAAUCUUUUAGCUUUUUUAGUGUGGAAAGAGGAGGCUCAGAGGAGACCUUAUUGCCAUCUGCAGCAACCUGGAAGGAAAUUGUGGUGAGAUGGGGGUUGGCCUCUGCUCCCAGGUAAUGGCAAUAGGACAACAGGGAAUAGCCUCAGGUUGUGCAAGGGAGGUUUGGGUUGGGUUUUAGGAAAAACUGCUUCUUUAAAAGAGAGGUCAGGCACUGGAAUAAGGCUGUCUGGGGAGGUAACAGAAUCACCAUCUCUGCAGGUGUUUAAGAAACAUUUAGAUGUUAUAUGAAGGGAUGUGGUUUGGUGGGGAAAUAUUAGUCGUGGGUGCACAGUUGGACUCAAUGAUCAUAGAGGUCUUUUCUGACCUUAAUGAUUCUAUGGUACUAUUUGAGGUUCUUAGAAAUUUGUACUAUUUGCUAUUUCACAUAGCAAUUGCUUCUUUUAGAUAAAACUCUUCUGUUGUCUUGUCUCUUAUCUAUGUCAGAUCAUUGCUAGGUAUCCUUAUGAAACAAACAGUCCUAGAGUAGAUAAAGCACUUCUGUACUGUAUUUAUAAAUGCUUAGAAAUGUGAGAUUCUGACUCCCACUUUAUGACAGUGUGAAAAUCUUGAUGUAUUCAUUAGCAAGCCACAGGUCUCUUUGGUAACAGAUCUGAAGGUGUUUUGAAUAGUAUGAAAAUUAUGUCAUGUACACAAAUUCAGCUUUUGGAGUUUCUUUUCUGCUUGCUGUUUUGGUACAGUAAUACACACAUUUUGUACUGAAAGCAAAAGUACUGCUAUAGGCCAAACAAGCUUUGGUAUUUGAUUUCUUAGUAAUACACCAGUGUUGGCCACGGCUGAAAAAACUGACGUUAACUUUUAGGGAUGUUGAGGACAACACUGAACCCUUGACUUGUGACUUGCUUUGACUUGACUUGCUGUUGUUUAAAAAAGCAUUGAGGAGAUCGUAUGUGGCAUUUUGCUGUGUCUGUAUUCCUGGUUGAACUUUAUGGAAACAGCUUGCUCCUGACUGCAGUCUAUGGACUGGUUGUGGCGGGAUCAGUUCUUCUUCUGGGAGCCAUUAUUGGAGACUGGGUGGACAAGAACUCGAGGCUCAAAGUGGCCCAGACAUCCUUGGUUGUUCAGAAUGCAUCUGUCAUCCUGUGUGGUAUUAUCCUGAUGAUUAUCUUCUUGUUUAAGACACAGCUUUUGACCUUAUACCAUGGAUGGCUUCUUACGAUGUGCUAUAUCCUGGUUAUCACGAUAGCAAAUAUUGCUAAUUUGGCCAGCACUGCCACAGCGAUCACAAUUCAGAGGGACUGGAUUGUUGUGGUUGCAGGGGAAGACAGAAGCAAACUGGCAGAUAUGAAUGCCACAAUACGAAGAAUUGAUCAGCUGACCAAUAUCUUGGCCCCGAUGGCAGUUGGUCAGGUAAUGACAUUUGGCUCCCCAAUGAUUGGCUGUGGAUUCAUUUCUGGCUGGAACCUGAUGUCGAUGUGCGUGGAAUACCUACUGCUAUGGAAGGUUUAUCAGAAAACUCCUACUCUGGCUCUCAAGUGUUCAAAAGUUGAAGAAUCAGAACUGAAACAACUGAAUGUAAAGAAAGAGAAUGACAUGAAACCUGCUGAAGGAGUGCAGUUAAUUGUUGAGAAAGAUGUAGCUGGCUUUGAGCCCCAACAGGAGAAGGAAGUCGGCUGCGCUGCCCGAAUUGCUGAACCUUUCAUCACAUUUCGUGAUGGAUGGGUUGCAUACUACAACCAGCCUGUGUUUCUUGCAGGCAUGGGUCUUGCAUUUCUGUAUAUGACUGUUCUGGGCUUUGAUUGCAUUACUACAGGCUAUGCAUACACUCAGGGUUUGAGUGGCUCUGUGCUAAGCCUCCUGAUGGGUGCCUCAGCAAUCACUGGAAUCAUGGGAACAGUAGCUUUCACUUGGCUUCGUCGCAAAUGUGGCCUGAUCCGUACAGGCCUUAUUUCUGGAAUUGCCCAGUUUUCCUGUCUGGUCUUAUGUGCCAUCUCUGUAUUCAUGCCUGGAAGUCCUCUGGAUUUGACUGUUUCCCCAUUUGCUGACAUCAGUGCCAGGCUGUUUGAAAAUGAGCCAUUACCUACUAUUGCAUCUCCAGGAGGUGAGCCUGAAGUGGCUUUUGCAACUGGAAUGCCCAACUUGUUAAACGGGUCUGCUACUCCUGCUAACACUGACCCAGAGAUGAGUCCUGAGCCCGUGCCUUUAAUCUCUGUUAGUCUCCUAUUUGCAGGAGUCAUUGCUGCUAGAGUUGGCCUUUGGUCCUUUGAUUUGACUGUCACACAGUUGCUCCAAGAAAAUGUGGCAGAAUCUGAAAGAGGCAUCAUAAACGGUGUCCAAAACUCCAUGAAUUAUCUUCUUGAUCUGCUGCACUUCAUCAUGGUCAUCUUGGCCCCCAAUCCAGAAGCUUUUGGCUUAUUGGUGCUUAUUUCUGUGUCUUUUGUUGCGAUGGGCCACAUAAUGUACUUCAGAUUUGCUCAGAAAAGCCUAGGAAAACAACUUCUUGCUUGUUGCACUCCUGAUUCUGAAGCAGUUUCUGAUAGCUCACUGCCUGGUAAUACCUCUACUGUCUGAAAGGAUCCACUUCUUGUAGUAAUGUCCUACAUUAAUAUCAUGGUUAAGCACAUAUUGCCUUUUGUGACCGUGCCUAAGGUGUUUCUGUAGAGUUGAAUGCAUAACUUAAACAUGUAAGGAAGCCUUCCCAAGAGAACUCAUUGGUCUUAAAGGAGCCCACACAAGUGUUUUCAUUUUUGGCCAGAGACAACUCCAUUGCAUCUUGACAUCUGGUGUUUCAAAGGAAAGCUGGAUGUCAUAUUCAGUAUUUACUGUGGGAUAAUGUUGAAUCUGUUCCUCUGCCCUGCCCUCCGUGAUACCCAUUAACAGUUAAACAUAGGUACUUUUCCAUGAAUUCCAAACAGUUAUUUUGCUCAUUGAGCAAAAAAGACUUUUUAGUUGCUUUAGAAAAGCUUGAUGUACCAUGUUUGGUUUUCUGUCCUUCCCCUUUCCGUAAACAUCUCUCGUUCCAUUUAUUGCCCUCCUGCCUUCUCAAAAGGCUUAAAAUGUCCUUCUUGGUUUCCUGAAGGGAUCCAUUUGUUCUGAUGUUUUCCUAGAAGAAAUGUCUAGUAUUGUAUUUCUUACGGUUUAACUUUACAGAAACACCUGUGUAGGGUUAUUUUUGCAUGUUUCCUCAAAGUUAGAGUAACUAUAGGUACAAGAUAUUGUAUUACAGUGUUGCACUUCAUAAAGUAGAACAUAACCUCAUUUUAGCAGAAGCUACUAAUAUACUGUAACAUUAUAAAGCAUGGCUUUUUUUUUUCUAGUUGCCAAUGACAGGUCUGCUCAGGUUUGAUGUAGCAGAGAGUACUAAGGUCAGGAGUACUGGUACAGAAAAGCUGAAGUCUGGGCUAAUUUAGCCUUUGCCUCAGAGUACAAGCAGCUUUAGUUUAUUUCAAAAGCUAUUGUAUUCAGAAACCCUAUUCAAGUGUUAGGUAUUGGAAAAUAAUGUGUAUUCCAGGCAGAAGAGAUGGAUUGCUUGCAUUUAUCUGUUUUACGUUUAUGUGAGCUUUGACUUGUUUUGAACAAAUUGGUGAGAUGUUGGAUUGUGUGGCCCUCUAAAGCAGCUUAAAAGAAACAGAGAAUGAUUUAUCCCUCUGAUUUAGAAGUUCUUGUGUUAGUUGACCCUACGUGUGUACUAACACAAUGCUCUUAGAGUCACUAGCCAUUUGUGCACUUUUAUGAAAACUAUUCUAAGCACUUUUUCAGUACAGUUGAACCUUCUAAUGUUCUGAGUUUUCCUAUGGUAGGACAGUAUGACUCUAAAUAUAGAUCUUUGUGAAAUGUUCCUUUGUGAAGUUAUAAGAAAUAUGCAAAACCAUAAAGGAUAUUUUUCACAUGUUGCUGAUGCAUCUUCUAAGUAACAUCACUUUUAAGGUUUUUAUUUUAGGUACCGUCCUUAACACAGCCAUCUGUGUUGCCAAACCUCAACCCUGGGAUGUAAGACUGUGAACUCCAUUACCAUUCAAGGCAUUAUAUCGGGCUGUAUCUGGGCCAUCUCAAAACUUGUAACAAUUACCUAAAUGGAAUGUAAAAAAACCUCUAGUGGCUUUUGUCUCACAGUAUUCUGCAAGGGGAAUGACAAUGAAUAUAAAACCCACAUGUAGCCCUCAGAGUUCUAGAACUGUAAACUAGUAAAUUUUCUCUUCUAAUGGACCAAAACCAAUCAUUACUGAUAUGUCACUGAAAGGUUCUCAGGGAUGUUUUUACUAGGUUUAUAAUUGUUUGUAUUUUGACCAAGCUUUUGGAUUUUCUUCUAAUGUAAUAAAGGUAAAAUGUGUAAAUCAGAAGAGCUUUAAAAUUUGUGACAAUCCUGUAUGUAAAUUCUUAAGGUAAAAGGGAACUUUGCUGUCAGCAGAGCUUGAGUCAGAAGAAAAAUAAAACAAGCUUAUCUAGAUUUGUAGAAUACAGAUGCCUAAAGAAUUAACUUUACAGUGUGUGGUAGAAGAGUAGGGUUGAACCAGUAAGGAAUUUCCGAGUAGUAAAUGUCUGAUUUUUCCAAAUUUGUUGUCUUGUUUAUAUAAUAUAAAUUUGGAUCAAUUUUUAAUAUCGCUUGAUAUAAAUAAAGAUAGCCUGGGUGUCUCUGUACUGUACUUUGAAGAAAAUCUAAAUGCCAGCAUAUAUAUAUGGACAAGCUGUCCUGCAGGGAAACAAAGGUAGAAAUACAGUUUCUUGGGGGCUGCCCCCCAGGAAUACACAGGGAAAUAGACCUGGGAGCUUCUUACCUCUUGUCAAAGUGUUUUCAUUUUUUAAAAUCAUAGUAGCCUUAUUUCAGUAGAACAGUGGUUUGUUUCACAAAUAGUCCCACUAAGUAUUGUAGCCUGGAUCUCAAACCAAAGAAGUAAUAUUGGGAGGGGGCUGGUCCUUCAUAUUUUGUAUACAUACUGUUCCUAGGAUUUGUAUGUGUAGGUAUGUUACUGGAAGGCAAGACAAUCUUAAAAGACAGAAUAGCAACAUGGAUGCUAGCUUUUGUGAGGAGUAAUGAGGUCCAAAUUGGAAAUGUAGUAUGCUUUGGACCGAAUCGGGAAUGAGAUGUUGAAGAAACAAAUGCUGCUUGGGCACAACAAUGUGUAUGUCUUAAAAAUGUACACAGACACCUGUACUGAUUAGUGCUUUGAAGCAAUGUGGAGCCUGAAGUCUUAUUUAGCAAGACUUUCAUUAAGUAAGCAUUUUUGGCCUUGUAUUUAUUUAUUUUUUAAAUAUGUCUGAUUUGGAUGAAAACUGCCCUUAAAAUGUACACACUAGAAAUCAAUAUUUCCAAAAUAGCCUAUUUUGUUAUACAACCUUAUGCUGGACAUAGUAUUGAUUUAUGUAUUAAUCUUGUUAAAGCUAAUGAAUAAAUUUGCAUUAAAAAAUA